UGAAGAAUGAAACCUCCUCUUUCGUUAGCCCUCUCCAACAUUUCCUUUUUGUUUCCUUAAAACCCUAACGCCUCCAUGGCAUGGCUACCCAAACUCCGAGUUGCCACCGCCUCUGCUGCUUCAUCCGCCGUCAACCCACUCCGACGUUGGAUCCGAGAUAUCGGAUCAGCCGCUGCGUUGGAGCUCGACUACGACUAUGACUGCUACGAUUACGAGCGAGCUCCCCUGGAUCGGCGCCUGCCUCAGCAGAAGCUGGAUGUGGAUGGUUCAGUGCCGGAGAGGGGAGUCCAGUGGGUGCUUAUAGGGGAGCCUGGGGUGAAACGCCAUUCUUAUGCUGAGAGGCUUUCCAAGCUUCUAGGAAUCCCUCAUAUUUCAAUGGGUUCCCUUAUUAGACAAGAGCUUGAUCCUUACUCCUCUCUCUACAAACAGGUGGUAAAUGCUGUGAAUGAAGGGAAGCUUGUUCCAGAGGAUGUUGUUUUUGCUUUACUGUCUAAGCGACUUGAAGAAGGUGAAAAUGGUUUCAUUCUCGAUGGAAUUCCUCGCACCAGGCUCCAGGCUGAAAUUCUUGAUCAAAUUGUUGAUAUUGAUUUGGUUGUGAACUUUAAAUGUUCUGAAGAGUACAUGUUGAAGAUGAGUUCAGAAAGUGAGCUUCUUCACAUUGGCAACUCCAAAGGUGUAGAAAGUUCCUUGAAGAAGAAACUCCGUGUAUACUCAGAGCAGGCCAAGUCAGUGGAGGAUUACUACAGUAAGCAAAAGAAGCUUCUCAACUUUCAGCUUGCUGGUGCAACAGGAGAUGCAUGGCAAGGCCUUUUGGCUGCACUACAUCUCCAGUAUUCGCCUAUUAAUGCUUUCAGCUCUUCACCAAAGUUGACAGCUUAAACAUCGUUAUUUUUCAGAUCAAGUGGUCAAUUUGAUAUUCCAGCGUGGUAGUAAAUAUGUACUGAUGAGUGAUAGAUAAGUUUUUGAGUGUGGCGAACACCCAAGUUGGUGAUUUGCCUCGAAUUUUUGUUUCCAAUUUGUGAGUUACUAUGCAAUAUAAAAGUAUGUAAUGCAGUUUUGGCCGAAGAUAAAAAGAGUGGAGAUGAUCAUUGGCCUGUAUGACUAUUUAUGAUAUAAUGAAUUCAUUGCCAUUUUUUGUGGUGAAUAA